AUGUCCCCAAAAGAGUUUGACAAUGCUGAUCUUGAGUCUAUCUACUCACAGUUCUGCGCAUCAACAGAUGAUAACUCUAAGGUGAUAUUUCAAAAUACACAGAGACUUUCUGCGACAGAUAACCUUUUCCACAUUGACGUGUUGAUCCAGGAUGCUGUAGAGCUACGUGCCAUGUUGGAUAGUGGUUCGAUGGCCUGUUCUUUGAGCAGUCGUGUGCUCCCUCUCCUUGAGCAGGCUAAUGUUUUAUCUUCUGACUUGAUAUCUCCCACAUCUGUUAUCCUUAUUGGAUGUGGCGGUUCAAAAAUCAGACCUGUUGGUGUAUGUGAGCUUCAGAUGACAAUCUUUGACUGUCACAUCUUGGUACCCACACUUAUUGUGGACGGCCAAUGUGAUGACAUCAUUCUUGGCAGCAAUGUCAUAAAACACCUCAUUCGCAUGCUGAAACAUUCUGGGAAAUUUUGGGAGCAAAUGUCACUUUCGGACAAGACAUCCGUGGAGGAGGAAAGUUUGCUGCAGCUGCUGGCCGCUGUGGAGACAUGGAGAGAUGGUGAGUGCCCUGACAAGGUUGGCGCUGUCAAACUCAAACAUGCUGUGACCUUGGAACCCAUGACAGAACAUUUGGUUUGGGGUCGCCUGCCCAGCCAUGCCAGUCUCUCUGCUGGCAGCGCAGUGGUUGUGGAGCCAAGUGAGUCGCGCACAGUGCCACGAACAAUAGUAGUGGGGCGGGUUGUAACGCCAUUAUGGGGCGAUGGGUGGGUCCCAGUGAGAGUUAUUAACCCCGCUACUAAACCAGUAACCCUGAGACGCAACUGUAUAAUUGCAGACGUGUCCCCUUGUGUAGCACUAGAGGAUUUUGACACUGACUACUUGUACGACAAUGACAAAACCAAUGAUGUGAAAUGCACAGUUACCAGGACUGUUGACCAGACGGACACAGGUAGUGAGAAAACCUUGACAGUUGACUCAGAGUAUGCUGCACACAGACCUUACAGCUCGACACUCCAUGAUUUGGGACUGGGGGACAUUGACAUAGACUCAAGUAAUCUGUCUCCAUUCUGGAGGACUAAGCUUGUUGAUCUGUUGGCCAAGUAUGAGUCCAUCUUCUCCCGCAACAGUUUGGACUGUGGAAAAGCCAAAGACUUUGUCCAUCGCAUUCGGCUGAGUGACAAUAAACCCUUCAGACUGCCAUAUCGUCGCUUGUCCCCAUCUCAUUAUGAGAAGCUGAAGGUAGCACUGAAUGAAAUGGAAGAACGAGACAUCAUAAGGAAGUCCACAAGUGAAUACGCCUCGCCACUUGUCCUCGUCUGGAAAAAGAACGGUGACCUACGGCUCUGCACAGACUUUCGCUGGCUGAACGCACGCAUCAUCAGAGACGCACAUCCCCUGCCUCACCAGGCUGACGCCUUGGCUGCUCUUGGAGGAAACGCUUUCUUUUCAACCAUGGACUUGACCUCAGGUUACUAUAAUGUGGAAGUUCAUGAGGAGGACAGGAAGUUCACCGCAUUUACCUCUCCUUUUGGACUUUACGAAUACAACCGGCUACCUCAGGGGCUCUGCAACAGUCCGGCCACGUUCAUCAGAAUGAUGAUGACGAUCUUCGGUGAUCAAAAUUUCUUGAGCCUUCUUUGCUAUCUAGACGACAUCUUGGUAUUCGCUCCCACUGAACAGUUGGCGUUACAGAGGCUGGAAAUGGUGUUUGAGAGGUUACAGGCCCACAACCUAAAGCUUGCUCCUAAAAAGUGCCACUUCAUGAGACCCUCUGUGAAAUUUUUGGGACACAUCGUGCAGAGAAAUGGAAUUUCCACUGACCCUGAUAAAGUCACAGCCAUUGUUGGCCUGGGGGAGAAAGACUUGAUGGAGGAGGGCACCAACAUACCUUCUCCUUCCAAGAUCAGAUCUUUCCUGGGUAUGGUUGGAUUUUAUCAACAGUUCUUCGAGGGAUACUCGCGCAUUAGCAAACCUCUGUUUGCACUGACAUCUGGGGUGAAGUGGCCACGAAAUACCAAGGCCAAGAAGCGCCCACCUGUCUUUAGGAAGCUCUCUUCUGCUGAUUGGACCCUGGAAUGCAGUGAAGCUUUCAGGAAGCUGAAGCAGGCUUUGUUGGAGAAUGCCACCCUUGCUCAUCCUGACUUCAGUAAGCCUUUCCUGCUGUCGAUUGAUGCCUCCUCCAACGGCCUGGGAGCUGUUUUGUCGCAGUUAGCAGAGGGUGAUGAUGUUGCACGAGCUGUCGCGUUUGCCAGUAAGUCGCUCAACUAUGCGCAGUCCCGCUAUCCAGCACACAGGCUGGAAUUUCUCGCACUCAAGUGGGCUGUUUGUGACAAAUUCAGUCAUUGGCUGAGGGGACAGCCAUUUACCAUCUGGACUGACAACAACCCCUUAACGCAUAUCCUCACUAAGCCGAAGCUUGAUGCUUGUGAGCAGAGAUGGGUGUCAAAGUUGGCCCCAUUCAACUUUGAGAUUAAAUAUAUACCUGGCCCCAAAAAUGUGGUGGCAGACGCCCUCAGUCGUGAGCCAUUUGUGCAGCCUAGUGUGCUUCAUCGCCUCACAAAGGUCCCUUAUGGUGCACUCUUGGAGGAAGCAAGUGCCUUACAUACUGACUCUGUACAGGACGCUUUCCGUCUGUCCUGUGACCCAGUGCGCUGGCUGCAGCUGCUCCAACCCCCCACUGUGGCCUCUGAAAACACUGUGGUGGUGCCCAGUGGUCAAACUAUCUCUGCCCAGUCAGUGACUGCUGUCCUUGAACAGUCUUUGGAUCAAGAGUGUCCACCUCCUCAUGCUUCCCUCUUGCCUCAGCUCACCCAGUCCGUUCAACCACCAGAGCUGGCCGAUUUCCCCUCUCUUCCGAGAAAUGAGCUGAUUGCUAAGCAGCGUGAUGACCCCUGCUUGGGUCGUGUGCUUCACUUUGUGGGACGGCAGCGAAGACCAUCAAGACGAGAACGUCCACAUGAACCUGUCGAUGCUCUGCGACUCCUCAGACACUGGGACAGACUCAUACUCAGGUCGGGUGUGCUAUAUCGCACUUCCAAGGAUGUUGUGACAAAGAAAAGGACUUACCAGUACAUUGUACCCUCUGCUGUUAAGGAAAAAGUGCUCAAAGGAGUUCAUGAUGAGGCAGGUCACCAGGGGCAGAGAAGGACGCUCUACCUAGCCUGACAGCGGUUCUAUUGGCAUGGAAUGGAAGGAGAUGUCAAGGACUAUGUGCGGCACUGCCGUCGUUGUGUGUUCAGCAAGUCCCCUGAACCUGAGGCCAGAGCGCCACUUGAGAGUGUCAAGUCUUCAAGGCCUCUUGAGUUGGUUUGCAUUGAUUUCUGGUCAGCUGAAGAUUCCUCCAACAAGUCCCUAGAUGUGCUUGUCGUGACUGAUCAUUUUACAAAGCUUGCGCAAGCCUAUCUUUGUCCCAACCAGUCAGCUAAGGCUGUCGCUCAGCAGCUCUGGAACAAUUUCUUUUGUAUAUAUUGCUUUCCUGAGCGUAUGCAUUCUGAUCAGGGGGAAAACUUUGAGAGCAAUCUGAUCGCUGAAAUGCUCAAAGUUGGUGGUGUGGAGAAAUCUCACACAACUCCUUACCACCCCAUGGGUAACGGAGUGGUUGAAAGGUUCAAUCGCACCCUUGGAAAUAUGAUCCGAGCUCUUCCACCUAAGGCCAAGCAGCGGUGGCCCCAGCUCUUGAAAUCUCUCACCUUCUCCUAUAAUGCCACUGUACACGAGACUACAGGCUUUGCCCCUUUUCAGCUCAUGUUUGGCAGAACCCCCAGGUUGCCUGUGGACAUGAUGUUCCAGUCAGUGCUGUUGGAUGAUCAGGUGGUGGACUAUGAUGAUUAUGUCCAGUGUCUCAGGCGUGACUUGGUGGAUGCUAUCAGGAUCGCUCAGACCUCAGCCACUAAACAGCAAGAGAGGCAAACCGAACAUUACAACCGCAAGCUGAGAGGCGCACCAGUGGAUGUUGGAGACAGGGUCUUGUUGGCUAACAAGGGAGAGAGAGGCAGAAAGAAACUUGCUGAUCGCUGGGAGAACCACCUCUACACUGUUGUGGAGAAACAGGAGAACACUCAUACCUUCAGACUCAAGAACUGUGCUACAGACCAGGAGAAAGUGGUCCACAGGAAUCUCAUCAUGCCUGUGAAUUUUCUACCUGUUCCGACUAAACCUGAGGACCCUGGUUCUUUUGUCAGUGACCUGACUGAUGUGGAUGGAUCUUCCCUGGAUGUGGACAUUGAGAGACCGUCUAUGCCACCUGACAGUGUACAGGACAGGACUGUCACAUGGGUGUCCCAACUCCCAGUUUCCACUGGAGAUCAAAUGACAGCUGUGGCAGAUGUAGCUGCCAUGGAUGACUCAGUGGAGCCUGCAGAUGAACCUGACCAGUCCAGUCUGUGUGAUUUGACUGAACCCCAUUCCGCUAUCACUACACCUCCAGAUAAUGUGUUGCCUUCUCAUGCUUGUUCUAUUGUUGAAACAGGGGCAGUACGUAACCUUCUCCGUGAUAGGACACUCGAUGUGAGAACGAGGUGUGGUAGAGCUGUUAGGCCAGUUGUUAGGCUUAUUCAAAAUAUGCACCAGAAAGUUUUAGCUGGUCGCUAAGUAGUUAUGCUGUGCAAUGUAUUUUUUAAGAAAAGGUGUAUGUGUUUGAUUUCAUGUAUAUUGAUGGGGAUCUGGUUUUUGUUUUAUUUCCUUCUGUCAGAACAGGGACAUCUGUGUGGGUCUAAUGAUACAGUAUGUAUUCAAGUGAUGUCUAUUUGUACUGUUUAAUUUGAUUUGUGAGUGACUUAACAUGUAGGUGGGCAUGUUUUCCUAUGGGUGUCGAAAGGCUUUGCUAACCUUUCCCAUUCUAAUUCUUCAGGAAUAGUCUUGUGACUGGAAUACUCAGAAUCAGUGAUCUUAGUAGUACUGUACACUUGAAUAGGAGGACAUUUUUUUUUCCAAGCGGGUUAAUUUUUGGUACCUGGUGUGGUUUUGGUUUCAUAUUGUCUCACAGUCUACUCUAAAAACAUGUUUUUUUGUUUAGUUUUGUGUCUGUUCUUUUGGUUGAGCUUGAGAGAGCAAGUUGAGAUCAGUAGGGGGGAAUGUAACAGAGGUAAUUUAUGAUCUCAAUUGCUUACUAUUGUUUUUGUUUUAAUGUCAUUUUAUUUUAAUGUCAUUUUAUCUAAUUUAUUACAUUCAGACAUUAUGUAAUGUGACUCUUUAUUUUGCAAUUUUUAUUAUUCUAAGUUCAGUACUGUCAUUUCCUACAUUUUUAUGGUCAUUGAACGUCACAUGUCACAGCAGACUUCCAGGCUGAGACACAUGUGUGUCGUCAGUCUGUUGUCUUCCACGUGACGAUUUAUGAAUGUUAAGAAGGCUGAUUGGAGACUCACUAUGAUUGUUUUCACCAGGUACUGUGUAUUAUUUUGUCGUGUGUUAAUGUGUUAGUCAGUCUGUUGUCUUCCACGUGACGAUUUAUGAAUGUUAAGAAGGCUGAUUGGAGACUCACUAUGAUUGUUUUCACCAGAAUAAACCAUGUUUGAGUCGGAAGAA